GCAGCAAUACGAAGUCACUGGGCCCCGGAUAUCAUUGGUCACUUAUGGAGCUGCCGGUCGAUAAGCCCACCGCCCACGGGCCCGCGAGCAAGCGUCGCCGCGUAGCUCUGGCCUGCGAUGUUUGUCGCACCCGAAAGUCUAGGUGCGACGGCAUGCGGCCCCACUGUAGCAUGUGUAAGGAUCUCGGCUUCGAAUGUGUCUAUACUCCGUCAGUCACUACCACCAAUAUCAUCGUGCAAAAAGACUACCUUCAAGAUCUUGAGGCGCGGAUCAAGUCCCUCGAGAACAGCCAUCACAGGAUGCAGUCAGACCUGUCCGGAUUGGUGGCGCACAGGACCACGAGGAAGAGAAGCCCCCCGAGCGACAGUGAGCCCGAGUCUGGUCAUGAGCCGCUGGCGGAUCUGACCGGGCCCGAGGAUCCGAUUGACGCCAUGGGCGCAGUGACCUUCGCCGAUGAGGAGGAGUGCGGGUACUUCGGUCCCUCGUCGAACAUCGCAUUCCUGCGGCACCUGUCCCGGGCAGUGUCUCAUAGUAGAGGCGACCGUCAAGCAGAGAUCAACUCGCCUGCGAUGCAUGGAACAGGUGACAACGGCGGGUUCGUCAGUGCCACCCGGCAGCCAUCCCCGAUGACCGGCAGCCCCACGGCGACGCCAAUGCGAUCUCCGCCUACGACAAAUCCCCUCUUACUACCAUCCGACGAGAUCAUACCUCUGAUCCGUCGAUACUUCGCCGACACCGGACUGUUGUUUCCCUACAUCUAUCCGCCGGCCUUCCUCGAGACCUAUCACCAAUUCAAGAGCAAGGCCAAGAAGCCCCGCCGCACCUGGCUCGGCUUGUUAAACAUCGUGCUGGCCAUGGCCACGCUCACGGCGGUCUUCCCUGGGUACUCGGCCGAGACUCGCAUCCAAGAGUCUACGGUCUACUAUCAGCAGGCUCUUCGGUUGUGCCAAGGCGAGAUCAUGCGGGGGACGACUUUGGAGGCCGUACAGUUCCUCCUGCUCAUGGGGCAAUACCUGCAAGGAACGCAAAAGUCCGUCCAGGCGUGGACGCUGCACGGACUCGCCGUCAAGGCUGCGCUGCAACUCGGCCUGCAUUCGAAAGAAGCCUCCAAGGUGUUCCCCCCCCUCGAGCGCGACACCCGACAGAGGACGUGGUUUGGGUGUGUGGUGUUGGACCGAACAUUAAGUAUGACCUUUGGACGGCCGCCGGCGAUCCCCGAUAAGUAUGUCCAGCUGGACCUUCCUCAACUUGAUAUCCUCGGCGACUGCCAAGCGUUCGUCGAUGAUGAGACUCUCCGCUGCAGUACCGGGUUCUUCAACCACACGAUCACGUUGUACAAGCAUAUGGGCACCAUCAUCGACCAGAUUUACGGCGCCAACCUGGGCUGUGAGCCCAGCCUGCCCGUAGUGGAGACGGUGGGCCGGGUGCUGUCGAUCGAGAACCAGCUGCUCUCGUGGGUCGCCACCCUGCCGGACUGCCUUCGUCAGGUGACGUUCCAGGCCCUGUGCGGGGAGAUUGCGCGAGUGCAACCGCAGCCACCGCUGUACCCCCUGAAAUUUCGCGUGAUUCUCACCCUACGGUACCUGCACGUCCAGAUCCUGCUGCAUCGGCCGAUUCUGGUCCGAUUCCUCGACGCCACCCACACGGCUGGUCUGGAGCCCGGCGAGGAGCGGAUCCUGAACGAGAUCGGCUACAGUAGCAUGAAGAAGUGCGUCGAGUCGGGGAUGGAGAUCAUCAACAUCAUCCAUGAGGUGGUCACGGCGACUGGGUGGCCCCUCGACCUGCUGGGGGCGUGGUGGUACUCUCUCUAUUACACGUUCAAUGCGGCACUCGUGAUUACAGGGGCUAUCUGGAUCCAGCGCGCGCGCGAGUCCGCCCACACAUUCCAAAUGUAUCGGCUGGCGCAUAUCGAGGACCUCGAGCUUUACCCCGCCCGUGCCGUUGCGAUCCUGCGACAUUUGGACACGGGCAAUCGGAUGGUGGACCGCUGCCGGUAUUACCUCGAGCAGUUGAUCUCGAUUCUUGGUAUACAGUCGGACGAUCCCGCUCGCACAGUCCCCGCUGACCAUAAUCUGUCCGGGAUGAGCAGCGCCAACAAUGUCCUUGACUACUCGUCGCUGGGCAUCGAGUGUGGCGAAUACAUGUUGGAUGAGUUGUUUGUGACCAUGGCCCGGCAGACACCAUCGGAGGGUUGGUAG